UCCCAUUAUACUUCAUUCUGUGACGAAUAUGAAUAGUGGCGCUAAAUUAAACUGUUACAUCAUUAGUUAACGAGCAGGUGGCUACAUAAAAUCAGUUUACCAAGUAAUAAAUAACACUUGUGUUUUGGACAGAAUGAACGUUGUGAAAAGAGAUACACUGAAGAACAGAAGCAGGUCUUCUGCUCUUGGUAAAGGGAAAAGGAUUGGAGGCCGAGGACUGCCAUGGUCUUCACAUAUGGUCAGUGGGAGAGAUCAAAAUCAAAUUUUAGGAAGAGUUCCAAUGGUAACACCAAAGUAUUUUGUGCCAUCCUCUAGUAUGCAGGCUGGAUUUUCUGGAUGUAAUAUUGGUAUGUCUGCCUCUUCAGGAACUGGUAGAAGACAGUUUUCAAUGUUUCCGUCAUCCAGUGGCAGCGGAUCGCAUCCACGCACAUCUUCAGAAAUUAGAACACCAAGAUCUGUUACAACUAGCACCAGUGAUGGAAUUUCUACGUGUGUCGUAGCGUUGACAGAAGGGCGUGGUCAGGCACGUGGUGAAGUUGGUAUUGCAGCUCUGGAUAUCAAUUAUCCACACCUGAUACUGUGCCAGAUCAGCGACAGUCAAACUUACGUUAAUACUCUCACAAAAAUCAAUGUCUUGAAUCCAAUUGAGAUUAUAGUACCAAACACCUUCUGCGAUACACAGGCAAUGAGUAAGCUCUACACUCUUGUUCAAGAAGCAUUUCCUACAGUGACUCUAAGCAGUGUCCUGAGAAAGCAUUUCAGGGAUACUAGGGGACUACAACAGAUUCAGCAUCUUUGUGCAAAUGAAUACUCAUCUAUUGAAAUUGUGGUGUCACAGAAGUUUUAUGCAUUAGCUGCAGCCGGAGCUUUGCUCAAAUACAUUGAAUUUGUUCGGAAUGUUUUAUUUGCACCAAGGAGUUUGAAAGUGGAGUAUCAAGGAUCACAGAACACUAUGGUGAUAGACAUGAAGACGGCACAUUUUUUGGAACUGAUUCUGAGUUUGCGAGGUUCCAAUAAUCAAUACAGCCUCAUGGGUGUUAUGAACCACUGCCAGACUAAUGGUGGGGUUCGUCUGCUUCGAUCAAACAUACUAGAGCCUCCGUGUCUACUCGAAACUAUUCUUACUCGACUGGACUGUGUCCAAGAAAUAUUGGAGUCAUCGGAACUAAAUCUUGCUCUGGAAUCACUCAUGCCAAAAUUCUGUGAUGUGAAUCAUUUGCUUGCACUAUGUAUGCAAAUGCCACGGCAGGAUAGCAAGGAAGUGGCCGAGACACAGAUGAAAUACACUUUACUACUUAAAACAACAUUGGAAAUAUUACCAACCCUCAGACUGGCUCUUCAGAACUGUGAAUCCAGGUUCCUGUGUGCUGCUAGAGAAUGUCUUGCUGAUGAACGCUACCAAAAUAUUCAUUGCAAAAUCUUAUCGGUCUUACACGACGAUGCACGCACUGCAAAAGGAGCAGAAGCCUCCCAAAUGCAAUGUAACUUUGCCGUUAAAGCAGGUAUCAGUGGGAUUCUGGAUCUAGCCCGACAGACGUAUUGUGAGAUUGUUAGUGAUAUAUCAGCUCUUGUAGCACGUUUAGCCAGUGAACACAGUUUACCACUGAAGGUUAAUUACAAUGGUAAUUGGGGUUAUCAUAUUCAACUUUCUCAAAGUAAAAGGCACAUCAGUGAAUCAGAUCUGCCUCCAGUCUUUGUUCAGGUCCACAAGAAUCGAAAUACCCUGUCAUUCACUACCCAAGAGUUAAUCCAAGUAGAUCGAAGAAGUAAAGAAACUUUGAAGGAAAUAAUAAUGCUGAGUAACGUUGUAAUUUGUGAUCUUCUGGCAGAUAUAAGGAGUGACAUUGGGUGCUUAUUCAAGUUGUGUGAAGUAAUUGCUGAACUGGACAUGCUUACCUCAUUUGCUAAUUUGGGUUCAGUCUCUACGUAUGUUCGACCACAAUUUGGGAGGGUUCUGGAUAUCAGACAGUCUAGGCAUCCCAUAUUAGACUUCAUUUUACAGCAUGAACCAGUUGCUAAUGAUGUGUUUGCAUCCAGUGACUAUAACUGUCAUAUAAUCACAGGCCCAAAUAUGGGUGGGAAGAGUAUCUACAUCCGUCAAAUCGCUCUUCUGCAAAUAAUGGCACAGAUUGGUUGUUAUGUGCCAGCGCAAGCAGCAACUUUUCGCAUAUCAGAUCACAUAUUUUCGAGGCUUAGUUUUGAUGACAGUAUUGAAUGCAAUGCAUCUACUUUUGUGCUUGAGCUGAAGGAAUUCCAAUUUAUCAAGCAAGUGAUGACACCGAACUCUCUUAUCAUCGUGGAUGAGUUGUGCCGAGGCACGUCUUGCGAAGAAGGAACAGCCAUUGCUUGGGUUAUUAUGGAGCAGCUCAUGGAAGAAGACGCUUUCAUAUUUCUAACAACGCACUUCCUGUAUCUUACUAAACUGCAGGAAUUGUUCUGCAAUGUAACGAACCAUCAUUUUGAAGCUGUGCAGGAAACUACUGAUUCAGGUCGAGACCGACUAGUAUACACCCACAAACUGCUUCCAGGUGUAACUCCAGUUGAUAAUUAUGGUCUUCAUCUAGCUCAAGGAUUAGCCUGUCCAGAAUCAGUACUGGACAAUGCUAAGAAAUUGGCACAAAAGUUAUCGUUACAAAGAAAGGCAUUUGGUUCAUCUGUAACGAACAGUGAUAUGCAUAAUUACUAUAAAUUGGCAUCGACUGUAAUUGAAUGUGUAAGAGAAGGCACCUUCUCUGCCCAGAAACUUGAGGAGAUGAAGCAGAAGAUUUUCAUGAAAGUUGGGGAGAAUGAUGGUACUGAAGCGUGGGAUGAGGAUGGUGGUGCUUUGCAAGAAGAGGAAGAAGUGGUACAGUCACUUGGUACAGUCAAUAACGAGAUGCAUGCUAGUACCAGUUUGCCAUCUCUUCAGCUCCUGAAAAAUAAAGGAAGAAGCUGUACUUCUAAGGAGUCAUAUGCCAAAAUAUUUUCUGAUGAAUUUUUCCAUGAGAAUGCAGCAGAAGACAAGGCUGAGGGUGCCGUUCAAGAAGAAGCAACAGAUGAGGUAGUUGCUUCUAUGCCAGAAGUUCAAGAAUGUGUACAGGAAGAGGAACCAAUGGAAAUAGAAUCCACUUGUACUCAUGAAGGAGCUGUGAACUUGUCACCAAUCAUAUCACUUCCUGAAGAAAUUCAGUGAGGGAAAUCAGUAGUGCUGAAAAUGUAUUUAAUUCAAUUAAACAUUUCCUGUUGACAUCUGGAUGAAAGUGUCAGAUACUGACUACAGCACAAGUGUUAAUAAACUUAAGGUUGAGGGAAUAAAAUAAUAGUUGAUAAUAGAAAAUGUUAAAACUUGUAUAAAGAAUAAAUAUAGUUCUUUUACCUUUCACAUGACAAUACGUACUUAUAGUUGCUGUCAGAAUUUGAUAGCUAAUGUAACUUAUUAAACUAGAUUUAAUGUACACUUAAGAAAUGUGUUAUGGACUGUUUAUUGGUAAACCAAAGUAAAUUAAAAGUUAAUAAUAAAAAGUUUUUUAAAAGAU